UAAACAAACUUAGGCCUUUAGAUGUGUUGCUGCUUUAGUAACGACAGCUAACUCGAUCUAGUUGGACUAUCUGGUCAUUUUAAUAUCGGAAUCGAAAAACUUUAAGUAAUUUAAAUAGGCGACAGCUGUGUGUGUCGUUUCAGUCAUCGGCUUUUAAGUAAUUGAUACCGUUUAUUAUCGGUGUUUCUGAUGUUAAAUGCUAACUAGCUGGUGUUAGCUAGCUGCUAUUGGAGGCCCUAACUGCCAUGAAUCAGGCUAGCUUCACGUUUUACGUCCUUUUCUACUGUGGCACCUAAUAUAGCAAUCUAGUUUCAUAUCUGUAAGGAGUACAGGAAACAUCGUGGGUAACCUUUAUGUGAAAUAGUAAAAUAUAACGGGAUUAUUGUUACAUCUAUCAGAAACUACUUCCCUAGUUAGUAAGGUCUGCAGAAGUAUGGUAAUUUCAUUCAGGUGUGUGGCAAAAGGGAAACAUCUAAACCAGUGUUUGCCCACCUUUGUCCAUGAGGCACACUGAAUUGGAUGUUUUAGAUGUUUCCUCUGCUUUAACACAUCUGAUUCAGAUGAGGGCUGUUCAGCAAAAGCCUGUUAAUCAGCCAUAAAAUGAAAUCAGGUGUUAUGAAGCAGGGAAACAACCUGAAACAUGAAGGAAAUGAACCAUUAAUACUAGAGUUUUCCUACCUCUGGUCCUCAAAACCCACUGCACUGCUUGGUUUAGGUUGUUUCCCUUCUGCCACACAGCUGAAUUUAAAUGAAUAUUAACACUUAAUGCACUUGAUGAGAUGCUGAGAAGGGAAUGCAAUCAUGUUAAUAAGGUGCACUGGACCAGAAGAACUAUUUAAAACGCGAAGAGACCGUCUGUGAGGACCAAGGUUGAUGGGCUUGUCUGAGUCUCCAGAUCUUGAGUUUGAGUAUUCUGACACAGAUAAGUGGGCUGCAGAGCUGUCAGAGCUCUACAGUUACACUGAAGGACCUGAGUUUGCCCUUAACAGGAAGUGCUUUGAGGAGGAAUUCAGAGCUCAUGUCUCGGAUAAGAAGUGGACGGACCUCGAUGCCGCCCAGCACAGAGCGCACGCCAUGCGUCUGCUGGACGGCCUGGAGGUCAUUGGUCGUGAGAAGAGGCUAAAGGUUGCCAGAGCCAUCCUCUACAUGGCUCAGGGAGCCUUUGCAGACUGCAGCUGUGAGGCUGAGGUUCAGUACUGGAUGAGAUACAACAUAUUUCUGCUGCUUGACGUCGGAACCUUCUCUGCUCUGGUGGAACUUCUCAACAUGGAGAUCGAUAACAGCGCUGCCUGCAGCAGUGCGGUGAGAAAGCCGGCCAUCUCCCUCGCCGACAGCACCGACCUCAGAGUUCUGCUCAACAUCAUGUACCUGAUGGUGGAGACGAUCCAGCAGGACGACCCAGCUGACAAGCCUGAAUGGAAAAUCAUGAAGGAAACCUUCAGAGCUGAGCUGGGUUCGCCUCUGUUCAACAACGAGCCGAUCUCUGUCAUGCUCUUUGGAAUGGUCACCAAGUUCUGCAGCGGCCAUGCCCCACACUUUCCCAUGAAGAAGGUGCUGCUGCUGCUGUGGAAGAGCAUACUGUUCACGCUGGGAGGGUUUGAGCAGCUUCAGAGCAUAAAGGUCUGCAAACGCGAGGAGCUGGGUCUCCCUCCGCUCCCAGAGGACAGCAUCCGAGUCAUUCGCAGCAUGAGGGCGGCGUCUCCUCCGGCAUCUGCGUCCGAUCUCAUCGAGCAGCAGCAGAAACGAGCUCGCCGAGAGCACAAGGCGCUGAUCAAGCAGGACAACCUGGAUGCCUUCAAUGAGAAGGAUCCCUACAAGGCUGACGACUCUCGUGAAGACGAAGAUGACAACGAUGACAACGAUAACUCUCUGGAGCCAGAGACGUUCCCUCUGGAACGCGACGAGGUGAUGCCUCCACCCAUUCCUCAUCCUCCGUCAGAGAGGGUGUCCUUCCCUAAAGGGCUACCAUGGGCUCCCAAAGUCAGGGAAAAAGAUAUCGAAAACUUUUUGGAGUCCAGUAGAAGUAAAUUCAUCGGUUACACACUGGGAAGUGAUACGGAUACAGUGGUUGGUUUACCCCGGCCGAUUCACGAGAGCAUCAAGACGCUGAAGCAGCAUAAGUAUAUUUCCGUAGCAGAGGUGCAGAUGGCAAAGGAGGAGGAAUACCAGAAAACUCCGCUGUCUGUGGGUGAAGAGGAGGUGGAGAUGUGUGCCACCGAGCUGCUUUAUCAGGGGAUUCUUCCCAGUUUGCCUCAGUACAUGAUUGCGCUGCUGAAGAUUUUGCUCGCUGCCGCUCCGACGUCUAAAGCCAAAACAGACUCCAUUAACAUCCUGGCAGAUGUGCUGCCGGAGGAGAUGCCGACGACGGUUCUGCAGAGCAUGAAACUGGGCGUUGAUGUGAAUCGCCACAAAGAAAUCAUUGUGAAAGCCAUCUCUGCCAUCCUGCUGCUGCUUCUGAAACACUUCAAACUCAACCACGUCUACCAGUUUGAGUACAUGGCUCAGCAUUUGGUGUUUGCCAACUGCAUCCCGCUCAUCCUGAAGUUUUUCAACCAGAACAUCAUGUCUUACAUCACAGCUAAAAACAGCAUUUCAGUGCUCGACUUUCCGUACUGCGUGGUCCAUGAGCUCCCGGAGUUAACCGCAGAGAGUUUGGAAGCGGGAGACAACACUCAGUUUUGCUGGAGGAACCUAUUCUCUUGUAUUAACCUGCUCCGAAUCCUGAACAAAUUAACCAAAUGGAAACACUCCAGAACAAUGAUGUUAGUGGUGUUUAAGUCGGCUCCCAUCCUGAAGAGGGCGCUGAAGGUCAAGCAGGCCAUGAUGCAGCUUUAUGUCCUCAAACUGCUCAAAGUGCAGACCAAAUACUUGGGGCGACAGUGGAGGAAGAGCAACAUGAAGACCAUGUCUGCCAUCUACCAGAAGGUGCGGCAUCGCCUCAAUGACGACUGGGCUUAUGGAAACGAUCUGGACGCCCGUCCCUGGGACUUCCAGGCCGAGGAGUGCGCCCUGCGGGCGAGCAUCGAGCGUUUCAACAGCCGCCGCUACGACAAGAGCCACAGUAACCCAGACUUCCUUCCUGUGGACAACUGCCUGCAGAGCGUCCUGGGGCAGCGAGUCGACCUGCCCGAGGACUUCCAGAUGAACUACGACCUCUGGCUGGAGCGCGAGGUCUUCUCCAAGCCCAUUUCCUGGGAGGAACUGCUGCAGUGAGGCUCAGCGCUGCGGAGCAUCUUUGUGUUUUUAAGUAAACGGUUCCGGUCAGGAGUUCAGAUAAACCUCAGACGGUUUUCUCCCUGAUCAAACAAACUCUUAGCGCAGCAUUAUGUUACAUUUUCUGGUGGUUGGAUUUCCUUCAGAAGUUGGGACCUGCGUGGCUUUGUAGGUCGCUUAAGCCUCCGACCAAGUGCUUUCUGACGUAAGCUUCUGCCUUUUAGACGUUUAGUAUUAACGUGAAUCAACGUAAAAGGGAAACAAAUAAGAUCUUUUUGUAUUAAGGUUCCUCAGCUUUUUCCCCCCACUGCUCCCAUUUUAUAAAUGAAUGACUGAUAAUGGUUCAAACCCUCAUUCUUCCACUUGCAGGUAUUUCUCUGUGUGCCUGUUCCUACUUAACGAGGUCAGUAAAUCAACUGGAAGCACUACAUGACAAUUUAUUUUAAUUCAUGUAAUUCAGAGUAACUGUUCUGUAUUAAUGCUACAGUUCAAUUCAGUCUUUGAAUAAUCAGGCACUGAUUUGAAUAAUCAGGCACUGAUUAUUCAAAGUAUAAAUUCAUGCAUUCUGUCGUCUGAAGGCUGUCUAAUUUUUUAAGAUUGUUUUUCGUUUGAGCUCUGACUUCCUGCCUCAGCUCUGGGACCAUCGAUCGCCAUGGAAACCUGACUGACCAACAGACUGAAGCAGCUUUAAACUUUUAUCCUGAACUCAUUUGUUACUGUCUGUGAAUAAAAAAAACAUUCAUGGCUUCUGAUUUCACUCAUUGAACAGAUUAUUUGAACUAAAACGGAAAAAUACAUGUUAAACUUAAAUCAACAAUUCUUAAUUUUUUUUAGUCAUAUUUGGUUGUAAGGGUGGUGAAGAAAAUAUAAAUGCAUGUAAAUUGUGUAACCUAUUUAUCAUGACUGUCUUUGUUUUACAUGGACUUAAAUAAUGUAAUAAAAUUAUACCGUCGCUUCA